CUUUGCUUUACAUUAUCUUAAAUAAUUUAAUACACACCUGUUCGAGCAAUGCACAUUCGGUCUUUCAUUUCGCAGACAUUCGCCUUGCGCCGCGCCGCAUCCUCAAACUUGCUGGCACUCACCAAGGCACACAACACGGGCGCCCACAGCGUUCUAACAGCUACUCUUUUCCGCAGAAACAAUAGCGGCAUCAGCGGCAGCGAUGCCAACAGAAGAGGCGGCAGAAGAAGGGGCCAACAGCUCCCCAGCGCAGAAGAAGGCGGCUUUGAUCGCCAAGAGGAUCGGUUCCAGUAUGAUAUGAAGGAGCCCCUCAUUACUGAAAGUCUGCCGACGGGAUUUCGACUCAACAAUGGCCACACAGUCUAUGGCCCGAUUUUGAUUGUGAACAACGAGGCGUUUUCGCUAAAGAUUCCGCCACCAAAGGCAGAUUCCAGCGGCAAGGUGGUCAAUCCAUUGAUGCUGCUGGAUGCUAGGGCUCUUGAGGUGCUUAAUAUUGUGACGCCCAAGCCCGAAAUGGUUGUGGUUGGAGGCGGUGCUGGGCUUUCGCUACUGUCGGGCCCGGCUAGAAAGUAUCUGACGUCCAUCGGUAUCAAUGUCGAGCUAGCGAGCACGAGGUAUGCAAGCAGCACGUUCAACACGCUGUCAGAGGAAGGACGCAACGCCGCUUUGCUGGCGCUUCCGGCCGGCGUGACAGCAUAGGUUUAUUUUUCAUUAUAUUUAGCCUUUUAAAAAAACCAAUAUAUGUAUUUAUU